UGCAUUAAGCCUUUACAAAUUAAUUCUGUAGCCCGUUGUAUGUAUAUUCGAGUCCUUUCAACAUUACAGUAGAAUUUCUGAUAAAGAUUAAGCACCCAUCACAAUCUCUUCUGAGAGCUAAGAAACAGUACUCGAGGCUUGUCUCCUUGGUUAACUUCAUAUGGAUCCGGCACGACCCAACAUGAGAGUUCGCUCUUCUGGUUCUACUCCAUCGGAGGAAUCAGCUUUGGAUUUGGAGAAGACUUGUUAUAGCCAAUCUAAUCUGCCUGCAUUUAAUCCACCAACGCUUCAACCCUAUGCGUCGGCUGGACAGCACUCGGAGAGCAACGCUGCUUACUUUUCUUGGCCUACCUCUAGCCGAUUAAGUGAUGCUGCUGAAGAAAGAACAAACUAUUUUGUGAACCUUCAAAAGGGAGUUUUGCCGGAAUCAAUUGGCAGGUUACCUAAAGGGCACCAAGCAACCACUUUGCUUGAGCUAAUGACUAUACGGGCAUCUCACAGUAAGAUCUUGCGUUGUUACAGUCUUGGUACUGCAAUUGGGUUUAGAAUUCGUCGGGGUGUGUUGACAGACAUACCUGCCAUCCUAGUCUUUGUUUCCAGGAAAGUUCAUAAGCAAUGGCUAAGCCCCAUUCAGUGUCUACCCACUAUCCUGGAGGGACCAGGGAGUGUGUGGUGUGACGUGGAUGUUGUGGAAUUCUCUUACUUUGGUGCACCUGAACCAACAAGCAAGGAGCAGUUGUACACUGAUAUUGUGGAUGAUCUCCGUGGAAGUGGCUCAUGUAUAGGCUCUGGUUCUCAGGUAGCAAGUCAAGAGACAUAUGGGACGUUGGGCGCUAUUGUGAGAAGCCAAACAGGCAACAGACAAGUUGGUUUUCUCACAAAUCGCCAUGUUGCUGUUAAUUUAGAUUAUCCGAACCAGAAGAUGUUUCAUCCUCUACCACCUACACUUGGACCUGGGAUAUAUCUUGGUGCAGUGGAGAGAGCUACUUCAUUUAUCACAGAUGAUCUUUGGUAUGGUAUCUUUGCUGGCAUUAACCCAGAGACAUUUGUGAGAGCAGAUGGGGCCUUCAUUCCCUUCAGUGAUGAUUUUGACAUGUCCACUGUAACUACGUGUGUAAAAGAUGUUGGAGAGAUUGGAGAUGUGAAAAUCGUAGAUUUGCAAUCUCCUAUCAAUAGUCUUAUCGGUAAGCAAGUGAUGAAAGUUGGGAGGAGUUCAGGAUUAACUAAAGGGACUAUCUUAGCUUAUGCCCUUGAAUAUAAUGAUGAGAAGGGGAUUUGCUUCUUCACUGAUUUUCUUGUUGUUGGAGAGAACCAACAGACCUUUGACCUUGAAGGUGAUAGUGGAAGUCUGAUUGUGUUGAAGGGUGAGAAGGAAGGGGAGAAACCAAGACCCAUUGGGAUCAUAUGGGGCGGAACAGCAAAUAGGGGUCGACUUAAACUUAAAGUUGGUCAGCCUCCAGAGAACUGGACAAGUGGCGUUGAUCUUGGACGCCUACUCAAUCUCCUUGAACUUGAUCUUAUAACAACAGCUGAUGCCCUCAAAGGUGCUGUGCAAGAACAAAGAGCUGCUUCAGCUACGGUGGUUGGUUCGACAGGCGGGGAUUCUUCUCCGCCUCCUGAAAUAGUGCUUCCUAAAGAUAAAGCAGAGCCAUUGGGACUUCAUAUCCAACAGCAUAUCCCUUGUUCAGAAGAGGGAGGUGGUCCAGAUAUCAAUCUGUCCCCUGCAGCCAAUUUGGAAAACAACAGUAUUGAACAUCAGUUCAUUCCAAGUUUCAAUGGGCGGUCGCCACUGCAUAGAAACGAGCGACGGUUUAGGGUGCAGUAUGAGAAUCUGAGUGCUUUGAAAAGCGGAACAGAUGAGGAUCUUGGUUUUGCGUUGCAUUUAGGUGACAAUGAGCCCAAGAGAAGGCGGUCCGAUCCUUUGGAUGAAGGAAGUUGAAUGAGGUUGUUUUGUAAACCAGGGGGGGCAAUCAACCUCUACAUGUGUUUUAAUUAGUUGUAUGGUAAAUCAAACCUUAAAUGUUUUGUGGUAUGCUAAUCCAAGACCCCUUUUAAUGUCUGAAAUUGUGUUCAUUUGGGUCGAAUGAAUACAUUUGAAUUUACUCUUAGAAAUCGUGAUCAUUUUGAUGUUC